AUUAUUCCGCGACCAAUUCGCCAGUGAGUACGUGCGCCACAUUUCUUGUUGCUUCCUGGUAAACCAGGCAGGCCACAGUUAUAGAGCUGGAAGAAGAAGAAAAAGAAGAAAACGAUCACGGUAGGGAAGCCACGGCGGGGCAAUAUCCGUAAGUUACAACUUCCAAACUAUUAAUUCAGCUCGCUUUUGUCCGUUUCUCUUAAUCAUUCGAUUUAUGUCCAAUCAUACACUGUGGUUCUGCGCCACGAACAAAUCAGGCCGACAACAGCAUGUCCAAGGCGAACGUCUUCUCGGAAGCCAUGGAGCUGAUUUCUGCUCGGCGAAAGUCAUCGAAGAAACUCGUGACCAUCGGCCUGGCUACCAGUACCGAGUCAUCCAGAACGAAGGACGGGAUCCAGCCAGAUGCUGUUACCCUGCUUGACAGUUCCAUGCUCCGCAACACGGUCGCCCCAUCGGAGGAAUCGAACCAGCAGCCCGCCACCAGUAGCACGAACAUUCCGUGCCACGCUGCCUACCCGACCACGGCUCCUCGGCCACCUUUAGACCUGGACAGGAUCCUGGGCAGCGGCUUGUUCCAGUGGAUCAUCGUGGCCUUCGCUCACCUGUCGUCCGCCCUGGUCGUAAUGCAUCACAUGUCCAUGCAGACGUUCCUCCUGCCUGUGGCACACUGGUGCCGGCCUCCCUCCGAAGUCAACGUAAGCGCCAACCGCUGGAAGGCGGAGAACAUCCCGCGCCGAUCAGACGGCACCUACAGCCAGUGCACAAUGUACGCACCCGAAGCGGCCGAAGUGAACGGCACGCGCGUCGAAGUGGCCUGCGUCGAGUGGCAGUUCGACCUGCUGCCGGGCGAAACCACCAUUGUCAGCGAGUGGAGCCUGGUGUGCGAUCGAGCCUGGUACGUGUCCGUCGCCUUCGUCUACAACAGAGUCGGCGUCGUCAUCUCCGUGCUUUUUUUCGGCCAGAUAUCGGACAAGGUUGGCCGACUGCCCGCUGUCUACGUUUGCACAGUCCUUACUGUGGCAUCUGCCGGCGGCGCUAUGCUAGCGCGGACGUUCGUCAACUUCGUAGCCGCCCGGAUUCUUCUCGCGUCAUCGCUGAGCGUCCUCGAGCUCGCUAUGCUUGUCAUUCUGUUUGAGAACUCGGGCGACAAGCACCGGGAAGGCUAUAUCUGCCUGGCCAUGGCCGGAACAGUCGUUGCAAGCAUCCUGGCUCGAUUGCUAACCCUACCGCCGAGGAAUUACAAGGCGCUGGAAGUGGUCACUUUCUCCCUCACGAUGACACUUGCGCCAGUGUUAUGCCUUCUGGGUGAGUCCAUCAGCUGGCUUCUAGUAUCGAACAACGUCGAGCAGGCUGAGAAGGCGAUACGGCGCGCCGCCGCAUGGAACAACCACCAGGUCAACGAGGAGGGCCUGUUCUUAACCGUCUCGACCUUUCACACCCCAGUGGUAACUGCCGAAAAUGAACUUCCUCACGUUUCUGACCAGCAAGGAAGUGUGGAAGCGAACAGCUACGCUCUGCUGGACUUGGUUCACCAUUUUGCUGUCCUUGUACGGUAUGGGCCUGAAUGGGCGGUCUGACAACGGCUGGCAUGUCGUGUUCCUUGCUGUCAUGAGGGCUGCCUCAAUUUUGCUGUUCUGGAAAUUGUUGCUGGCUAGUCCGCGCAAGAUCUUGCUCACACUAGCGCUGCCAUUGACCUGCUGCCUACUGCUCUUGUACGGUAGCCUCAAGGCCGAUCACGAAGAAAGCCUGACUUGGAUCAUAGGCGAGAUAAUCGUUUGCAUGCUCCUCGGUGAAGCCAUCACCGUAAACGUGUUUACACUUGAGUUGUACCCGACCGUGGUACGCGGCAUCGGGUUCUUUGUCGCCAACUUCUGCGGGCAGCUCGGGGCCACCCUGGGGCCGCUUCUGACGCAACUGCAAGCGCAUGGGUCCCCAAAUGCCCCCAGCGUGUUCUGCUUCGUGGUUUUACUGACUGCCACUUUCCUCAUCAGGCUGCUUCCGGAAACCAAACACCAGAAGACACCGCAAACUAUGCAGGAUAUCCUGCCCUGAAUCGAAGUUGAGGAAGGGAGGGGGGGGGGGGGAGAGAAAUGUGCAAUUUUAUUUUUCUGAUUGACUAACCUUUGCAGACUAAUAGCAAGCGCAAUCUGCUCGCCGCAGAUUGCUGUUGUGUCGUGCAGAUGACUGAUCAUUUAGAUUAUCGUGGUCUUCGUGCUGCUUUCGUGUAUGUUAAAGUCCCCAUGCAAACACAAGUACGACUAGCAUCGUCGCCAUAUCCUUCUCUUCAAGGAUACAGUAUCCGUCGGUCGCUAUGUGCGUGCACCCAGAAUAACGUAUGGCAGUACUGUCAAUCUAUUUACGUUGUCGUUUAUCAGCUCGUAUUAGCGUCGCAUCGAUUGCAUAUUUCUGAAAGUGUCGCUCAAUAGACGUGCUAUUCAGUUUCAGGUGCUGUACAUUUGCGUGAUCAAUGCAGGGUACUUUCAUGCAUCUAUAUCCAAACAAUAAAGACAGGAGUUGUACAUUGUAGGCGGGUGUGGUCUCCGAGACAACGGAAAGUACGGUUUGUUGGUGAUGUCGAAGGUAGCCACUGUGCUAUAAGAAAUCUAUGCUAUGUCUUGCUUAUGCAAGAUGGCAGUAUUUGUAAAUAAAAAAAUAAUAAGCUAUUAUAUAAAAAUUAUGGUUGAUCCCUCUUUCAUAAAAAUUGGUAGAACACGAAAGUGAAACGUGUCUUCACAGAAACUGUUGCAUGUUUGCUUCAUGAACUCACGGUCCGCUGCAGUGAAAGGCGCACGACUUGCACGAACAUAAAUCAUAUGCCAUGACAUGAAUAUCAUGACAUGUGGGUCAUGUAGGUCAUGAAACAGCUGCCUACGUCUUGGUGCUCUCAUGGUUGUUUCGUUAGCUUGGUAAGCACCAAAGUUGACAUAGUAUGACAACAGUGUAUGGCGAACAUAAAUGAUAGGUCAUGACAUGCGUGUCAUGUAGGUCAUGAAACAGCUGCAUAAAAUGACAGUGACCCGCCGAAAAAAACAUUAACACACAAAAACCCCUGGAAUGGAUUUGGACGUGAGCACUAAGCGAACGAAACACUUAAGGAUGAUUGUAGAAGUCAUAGACAUGAGCACGACUCAGCAAAAAUGACCAUGACUCAGCGAAAAAUGAUUAACAUUCAAAAACUAGUGGAAUGGGUUCGGAUUUGGUACUAAGUGAAGGAA